AUGGCCACUCUUCUUCUCAGACACUCCUCUUCCACUUCUCGCCGCCUCUUCCCCUUAGCCUCUCAAAUCCACUCUUCCGUAUCUCGUUCUCCUCUCUCUACUCCCAGAAGCCUCACGUUAAUGUCGGAACUAUUGGACACGUGGACAUUGGAAGACCACGCUAACUGCGGUUUGAUCAGGUGCUUGCGGAUGAAGGGAAGGCUAAGGCUGUGGCCUUUGAUGAAAUUGACAAGGCUAUUGAAGAGAAGAAGAGAGGAAUCACCAUUGCAACGAUAUGGAAUCGCACUCUUUUGGUCUUGCAAUCGAUUGUGUUGUUUUCUGUUGAUAUGUAUGCUUGCUCUAUAUUUCGGUUUUCAGGCUCAUGUGGAGUAUGAGACUGCAAAACGACAUUAUGCGCAUGUGGACUGCCCUGGACACACGGAUUAUGUUAAAAAUAUGAUUACGGGAGCUGCCCAGAUGGAUGGUGGUAUACUUGUUGUAUCUGCACCUGAUGGACCAAUGCCUCAAACCAAGGAGCACAUUCUUCUUGCUCGCCAAGUUGGUGUGCCAUCUCUUGUUUGCUUUCUAAAUAAAGUUGAUGCUGUUGAUGAUCCAGAGUUGUUAGAGCUUGUAGAAAUGGAGUUACGUGAGCUACUGAGCUUCUACAAGUUCCCUGGGGAUGAAAUCCCGAUCAUUAGAGGUUCAGCGUUGUCUGCUUUACAGGGUACAAAUGACGAGAUUGGAAGACAGGCCAUUCUAAAAUUAAUGGAUGCUGUAGAUGCAUACAUUCCUGACCCUGUUCGCCAACUUGACAAGCCCUUCCUAAUGCCAAUUGAAGAUGUGUUCUCAAUUCAGGGACGUGGAACAGUUGCCACUGGCCGUGUUGAACAAGGCGUCAUUAAAGUCGGUGAAGAAGUAGAGGUGUUGGGUCUAAUGCAGGUAUGUAUGUUCAUUGAGUCAUUUCCUAUAUAUAGCUGCCCUCUGAUCCUUCCUGAACCAUGCUUCCUCAUGCUUGAUGUACUUCUCAACUUCUUCUUCGAACUCUUGAUAAAAUUCGAAAACUGGUCGUUUAGGUUAUCCCUAGCAUUAGCCUCGUCAUCAUCUCGUAGUGGUACAGGUGUAACGUUGCUCUGCUCCCGACCGAUGUGGGACACGGUUCUAAGUUUACCCUUGGCACGUCGAAUGAAACUGUUGAAAGUUUCAUCGUUAUCAAGUGAGGUGUUAUCUGAGUUCGCCGCACGACCAUGUUGUCCCUUCCAAGCGCGUGUGGUCUCUACUGCUGGAUUAGCAGCACGCCACCUCAUCCUUGGAUCAUAUCCAGCUUCACUUGAAGCAACUCUUGUUGGUUUGAAAAGUGUUCGAUGCAAGGUAUAUGGUUUAGCUGUUGAGUCAGGAAAUCAUAAGACGGGGCUGGAGGGCCACUGCAAGGUGAAAGAUGAAACUGUCACAGCAAAGAAUGGUCCAUCUUGUAAGGGAAAGAGAUUGUAA